AUGGGUGACUUCCUGCAGUGGCAAUGCAAAAGAGAAACGGGGCAACUCGACAUCCCUCCAGCUGCUCCUUCCCCUCAAGAAGUCAGGCUGGAGCCCUCGGGUUCAAUAGCCCUGGUCACUCCAUUAAGCUGCCCUCACAUCUUUCUGAUCUUGGAAGAUGGUGGUGUAAUGGAUCAUGAUUUGCAGGAUGUCUCCAUUUUUUUGGAAUCGGAGUGGGUAACUCUCUCUGAAUUUGCAAAGUUUGGAGCAAUGACUCAGAGGCAGAUAGUGACAAUAGAACUGGCAGUUCUGGGCCGUCCGUUCCAGCUGGGAAUGUUGUAUGACUGCCGAUCCGACUCUCUUAUCCCAGGUGUUACACUAUGGGAUUUGAAAGCAUUACAAACUGAUCUGAAUGUUCAGUCUCAGCCUAAUACUGAAUUUCACAUCAUUGCAUCUGACACCAUUGAGAAGAAAGCCUCUGCACUGAAUGUUAACGGAUCAUUAAAAGCAAGUUUCUUGGGUGGAUUGAUAGAGGUGAAAGGGUCUGCAAAGUAUCUCAAUGACACAAAGAGUUCGAAACAUCAGGCACGUGUGACCCUUCAGUACCGAACAACAACCAGGUUUGAGCAGCUGUCAAUGAGCCACUUGGGACGGCAAAAUGUAACCUACCCAUACUUGUUUGAUCAGGGGACAGCUACUCAUGUGGUUACAGCAGUGUUGUACGGGGCUCAGGCUUUCUUUGUGUUUGAUCAAGAGGUCUCUUCAACAGAUACCCUACAGGAUAUUCAGGGUAACAUGCAGGGGAUGAUUAAAAUUAUUCCUGGGAUUGCAGUUGAGGGUCAGGCCUCCCUAGAAAUGACAGAUCAACAAAAAUCCGAUUCCCACAAAUUCAGCUGCACCUUUUAUGGGGAUUUCUCCCUGGAAAACAAUCCCACCACAUUCCAAGAUGCCAUCAAAAUCUUCAGAACCCUGCCAAAGUUACUGGGACUUGAUGGAGAGCAUGCAGUGCCUAUGAGAGUCUGGCUCUACCCACUCAAUAAAUUGGACUCCAAAGCUGCUCAGCUGGUACGGGACAUAAGUAUCGGACUGGUCAAUCGCUCCCAGUCUGUGCUGGAGCAGCUCAAUGAGGCAGUGAUGAGAUGCAAUGAUAUGAUGGGAGACAGUGUCACUGUUCAAUUUCCAGAGAUUGGGAAAAGGAUAAUGAAAUUCCGCGAGAUGUGUCGGGAGUACAAACUGGUUUUCCAGAAGACUUUAGCCAGAGUGUUACCAUCUAUCCGAGGAGGUGGGGUGGAGGAAGGAUUAUUGGUGGACAUUCUGAAGAACAAGGAACAGUCACCAUUCAAUUAUCAGUCACUGAUCAAAUGGCUGGAUGGCAAGGAGCGGGAAAUGAAUGUGGUGAGAUAUUAUCUCCUAAUAUUGAAAGAUAUACACGUUGUGAAAUCAAGGAGUGAGUUGGAUAGAGAAGUGUUGAAUCCAGAGACAGAAUAUGUGGUCUGCUUCACAUUCACAUCACUGUAUCAAGAGGAUUUCUAUCUGUCAGGAGCAGACAGCUACCUACAAUCUCACACAACUGAGGAAAUGCAGAUAUCAAAUCCUGCUCACCAGGUUAGUGCAGAACAUCAUAACCAGCAGUGGUUUAACUCGGUGUCUGUAUCCCAGAAGAUGAGGGAAUGCUCUCGCUUAUUUCUGGAUUUUUUCACAGCCAACAGAGCACGAGGGAAAACAAAGUUCAUUAUUGCUUCUGUGCAGGAUGACAGUAAUGUAGGAGCAUCGAUUUACCUGUAUGGGAGAGGGUUUAUGGUGAGUCACUGCUUUGAACUCCCAUCACAGCCAGAGAGACCUGUGGUUAGUGAAACAACACAUGACAGUGUGACACUCCAAUUACAGCCACCAAGAUACGGUGCUGGUGAGAUUGUUGGGUACGAGGUGGAGUACCGAGCUACCCAACAGGAGGAAUGGACAACUGUGGAUACAUCAGAUAAAUCCGAUUCCCACACAAUAUCUGGGUUACAGCCACACCAGGAGUAUCAAUUCCAAUACAGAGCAGUGAUCAAGGCAGGAGUCAGCAUGGUCAGUGAGAGUUACAGUGUCACCACACUUCCUACAAGUCCACCUGGUAAACCUUUGCCACUCCAGGUUUACUGGUAUGCUGCAACACUCACCUGGGACAGGCCGACUGAGAUUGGAGCUGGUGCUGAUAUAGUUCAGUACAGGAUAGAAUAUAGAGAGGGAAGGGAAAUUACCUCCAGCACAGAGAAUGGAUUAUGGGAGGAAAUAAAGACAACAGACAGUGAAUGUCGUUACACUUUAGAGGGAUUGAAACCCAAGACAAACUACAGAGUGCGAGUGUCUGCUGACUGUGGAGAAGAAGGUUCUAGUGCACCAAGUGAUGAGGUUUUAAUGGAAAUAGAAAAUGAACCAAAGAGACUGGCUGAGAAACUUCACAGAGAAAGUACAUUAACAUCCAAAGGGAACCCUUCCAUUUACACAAUCCCCUUAGAGAAGAAGACAAUUGACAUGGAUGGACACCGUGUAAAAUGCUCCUUUGGAAAACCUACCAAAAAACAUAGUGUGAGGGCAAUCAUGGUUCUUGGGGCAACAGGAGCAGGGAAAACAACCCUCAUCAAUGGAAUGAUCAACUACAUCCUGGGUGUGGAAUGGGAGGACAACUUCAGAUAUAAAUUAAUAGACGAAGGGACAGGAAGAUCCCAGGCUGAAAGUCAGACAUCCUCAAUCACUGCCUAUGAACUCCAUCAUCGAGAAGGAUUCCAGAUUGAUUACUCUCUCACUAUCAUUGACACUCCGGGAUUUGGAGAUACCAGGGGGAUAACCCGAGAUAAAUUGAUCACUGAUCAGAUCCGAGAGUUCUUUACUUCCCCAGCUGGUGUUGAUCAGAUUGACGCCGUGUGUUUUGUUGCUCAAGCCUCUUUGGCUCGCUUGACUCAUGCCCAGAAAUACGUCUUUGAUUCAAUUCUUUCCAUUUUUGGCAAAGACAUUGCAGAGAACAUCCAAAUUCUGGUGACAUUUGCAGAUGGACAAGUUCCCCCCAUUCUGGAGGCCAUCAAUGUUGCUGAGGUACCAUGUCCCAAAGAUAAAAAAGGUUUUCCAGUUCACUUCAAGUUCAACAAUUCAGCCAUAUUUGCUCAAAGUUCAGUUCCUGGAAACUCUUCUGGAACCAAGAGGAGCCCUGAGGAUAGCAAUGAGGAGGAAGAUGAGGAGGAUGGUGAUAACUUUGAUGCAAUGUUUUGGAAGAUGGGAUCAAACAGUAUGAAGAAAUUCUUUAGAGCUCUGAACAAAAUGGAAACAAAGAGUUUAUGCUUGACAAAGGAAGUCCUCAGGGAACGUCAGCAGCUGGAAACUGCAAUAGAGGGAUUGCAGCCUCAGAUCAAAGCUGGUCUGACGAAACUGGAGGAGAUCAGGAGGACACAACAGGCUUUGAACCAACACCAGGUUGACCUGGAUGCAAAUAAAGAUUUUGAGUAUGAAAUUGAAAUCACAGUUCCUGUACAGAUAGAAAUCAGUGGGAAUUAUAUAACCAACUGUCAGAGAUGUCACUUCACCUGUCACUAUCCCUGUGGAAUUCCUAAUGAUGAUGGUAAAAAGGGAUGUGCAGCAAUGGGCCAGAAUGGAUACUGCACAGUCUGUCCUAAUAAAUGUAUCUGGAAUGUUCAUUUCAACCAAAAGUACAAAUUUGAUUAUGAAAAUAAAAAGGAGAAGAGGACAUACAAUGAGCUGAAGGAGAAGUAUGAAAAGGCAUCUGGUGAAAAGAUGACACAGCAGAAAAUCAUGGAGAAACUUAAGCAGGAAUUCGCUGAUUUUCAGGAUGUCGUGUUGGAGCUGAUUGAACAAUCAUCCCAGAGCAUUUUAAGACUUGAAGAAAUAGCUCUCAGACCAAACCCAUUAUCAACUCCAGCUUACAUCGACCUGUUGAUUCAAUCUGAGAAAGAGGAGGCUAAACCUGGGUACCUGGACAGAAUUCAGUCACUAAAUAAAGUCAAGCAACAGGCUGAAAUAAUAUCAAAAGUUGCUGGGAGAGAAGAGCUGUUACCAGAGGAAUGGAAACAAUAUCAAGCUGGAAAGGAAAGGAAAAAGGCCAGACAUGGAGUUCUAGGGUUGAUAUCUAACGUGUACCAUUGGAUCAGUCAUAAAACCAAUUAG